CAGCGAAGGUACAACAGUGUAGCGAUUACUACGUGUCUGUCUGUGAUAUUUGGUGUCAACGGUUUUUUUAUUGACAUGCCGAAAUUGUUUGGAUUUACUUUAUUGGCAGUGUAAUUUGUGUUUGUUGAGAGUUUUUAGUGCUGCAAAAACAUGCACCUGGGAUAUUCGACCGCGAGCACUAUAGCGACAGUGACCUUUAUGGUCAUUUUUCCGUGCUGGACACAAAAGGCCACAAUCAUCGACGACGUGAACACUAAAUGCGUGCCGUUCCAAGAAGCGUUCACGUGUUCGGACGCUCCGUACAAUCGGACGGUUCUCCCAAACGCCUUCGGCCACCAGAGUCUGGACGAUGUCCAGUCUGCGUUGAACGAUUUUGACCCCCUGAUUGUCACAAACUGUUCAAAGUUGCUGAAACAGUUCCUGUGUUUCGCGUUCGCCCCGCCCUGUACGGUGUUGGAGACGCCCAUUCCGGUGUGUCGAGCGUUUUGCGAGGAGGUUGUGACGAAGGAAUGUGUGGACAUCUUGAAGAGACACAAACAAGAUCCGCACGUUUUCCGUUGUGAGAACUAUCCGAAAGGUGGACUGUGUAUUUUGAAGAACAAUACUAUUUCGGAUAAAAGCGAUGUAGAUUCAAAGGAGAUAUAUUAUCCCGAAAAGGAAUUGUAUUUUACGGAUAUGAAUUCACUGGAUUCCACAGAAGACAAUAUCGAUCUCAACCUCGUUCUUCUUGUAACCAAUGGCAACAAGAUUCAGCUGCUGGACAUUCGCUCCCCGAACUCCAUGGACACCAUCACCCUCUACCGGAGCCGCUCCACGGUAAUAAGUACCAGUAUAGAUUACUACAACACGACGGGUGAUCAGUCGACGGGUGAUCAGACCUACAUCUACUGGGUGUCAAACACGGAUGGGAAAAUAAUCCGUGGGGAAUGGCAUUACGAAACAUUGAGAAAUGUCCGCACGGUAGUUGACAUUGGCUUUUCGAGUGUUGACUCGAUCGCAGUAGACUGGAACCUGGGCCUACUAUUCUGGUUGGAGAGCUACCCCCGUCCGCGCCUGCAGGCCGCCAGUCUAAGCGGUCGACAGGAAACGACGCUGUUAAGCGACCUUCAGAACCCCAUUUGCUUGGUUCAAGAUCCGAAACACGGGUAUCUGUUUUGGAUCGAUCGCCGCGGCCCUCUGCUCGACCAGACCUCCACUAUCGAGUGUUACUCUAUCCUUGAUGACCGAAAGUGGACAGUGUUCAACAUCUCCGGCGCCGAUCCGGACGGCAGCCGCCCGAAGGCGAUAGCGGUCGACAUUCCGGAAAUGACGUUGUAUUGGGUGGAUGCAAGGUCCGAGUCCUUGCACAAAGUCUCGUACGACGGAACCGGUCACGUGGUAUUGCUGCGCAAUCAUGAGAGACUUCAGGACCCCGGAAGUUUAACGGUGUACGGCGAUCACGUGCUGUGGACAGACACGCAGAGUAGCUCAAUCAUUUGGGUAAGCAAGACGACGGGCAAAGAUGAAUUGAUUGUAAAAACAUUCGACAUCCAUCCUCCGCAGAAUAUUAAAAUAUAUGGAAACCGCGAUACAAUAUCGAAGACAUCCUACGACAAGACGAAGCUUAAACCAAUAUGGAAAGAGCUUACUUCAAAAGAGAAUUUUGAAAUUGACGAAUACGACAACGAUGACGAUGACGACGACGACGAUUAUUACGAUGGCCGUCGUCGAAAGAAGAACCCCAAAAAUGAAAGUUCCGCGGAAAUCCACCGGCCUUCAAUUCUAGUGUAUUUUAGCCUACUUUUCUUCAUUCUCUUGUAUAACUAGAAGCGGAUGUAGGAUUUUUGAAUACUUGUAAUUUAUGUUUGCGAUAUUGAUACAUAUUAUUGGACGGUUGAAAUUCUAUUAAUAGUAGUUGAUAUCAACAGAACAAAUGUGUAUGGUUCCUAGAUUGUAUGUAGGCAACUUUUUUGUCGUGUUAAAUGUGUUUUUGAUGGAUAUAUUGUAACGCUAUUAGUAUGCUUUUUAACCCAUUUAUGCCUAGCGUCUAGAAAAAAGGCCUUGAUCUUGGCAAACAGAGUGAUGCGGCGUCUCAUCAGGGUCUACGCUGUUUGCUUAAAGGAAUUUAUGCAAGAAAUAUUCUAAAUAUAGAAAUAAAUAUACUAGACAUCCCUAAUUUUGGAAAUAAAUUGAUCCAAUUUAGAAGGAUGGGAGAGUCCAAUAGGCAUAAAUGGGUUAAACUUUAGUUUCUACUUUUAAUUUGCAUAAAACAUUACAUGAGGAUUACACCGUCAUCUGGUCCCUGUCCAAGAUAUACAAUAAAGAAACUAUGAUG